AUGGCGCCAAAUACAACAGAGGAAAGAUGUCUAGAGCCCACAGAGGCCAAUUUCGAAAAGCUAAUAGCACCACAGGCUGCCCCUCGGAAGUUCCAAAUAGUUUAUUGGAAUUUACUCACAUUUGGUUACGGUCAUAUUGCAGCAUUAUAUGGGCUGUACCUGGCUUUCACUCAAGCUAUGUGGACAUCUAUAUUUUUUUAUUGCACUCUUUUUGUACUGGCGUCGAUUGGAGUGACAGCGGGGGCUCACCGACUCUGGACGCACAGAGCAUACAAGGCAAAAAUGCCCCUACAGAUUAUCCUAAUGUUUAUGAACACUCUGGCAUUUCAGAACUCAGCUAUCGACUGGGUACGAGAUCAUCGCAUGCACCAUAGAUAUAGCGACACUGACGCAGAUCCUCAUAAUGCAACUCGAGGAUUUUUCUACUCCCACGUGGGCUGGCUGCUUGUAAAGAAGCAUGAAGAAGUGAAGAAGCGCGGCAAGUUUAUUGAUAUGAGUGACAUCUAUGCAAAUCCUGUACUAAUAUUUCAGAAGAAAUACGCCAUACCAUUUAUUGGGUCAGUAUGCUUUUUGCUCCCAACUUUAGUGCCAGUAUUCUGUUGGGGCGAGAGCUUGAAGGUCGCCUGGCAUAUGUGCCUGUUGCGUUACAUCACGAAUCUCAACACAACCUUUUUAGUGAACAGCGCAGCUCAUCUUUGGGGAACCAAACCAUACGACCAGAGUAUAAAAGCCGUACAAAAUAAGAUAGUGAGCGUCUUUGCUUUUGGAGAAGGUUUUCAUAACUACCACCACGUGUUCCCUUGGGAUUACCGCACAGCCGAACUUGGGAACAACCGACUGAAUUUAACAACGUUAUUCAUAGAUUUCUUUGCCAAGAUUGGAUGGGCGUAUGAUUUGAAGACUGUGCCUGAAGAGGCAAUUGAAUCAAGAGCGAAUAAAACUGGUGAUGGAACUGAUUUAUGGGGAAAAAUUAAGGCUGUUUAG